AGCGAGCUAUUGCUCAAUUUUCAAUGUUUUUGAUUGAGUGUGCAUUCGUAAUUCGGUUAGUGCCGGGAUUAAUAAACUUUAGCCCACACUUGUGCAUUUAAUACGCUCGCUCGUUGUAUUUUCUUUUUCGGCCAGGUCGUGAGAUUUGUAAAUACAAUUGACAUUGACAUUGGUGAAACAUAAACGAAACAACGAAAUAAAAAACAGUAGUUCGAUUUAGUAAUUUAGGUUUUAACUAAUUGAUGUUGUGUGCAUUGAAAUUAUGCGGUAUAGCGCGAUUGCGUGCGCCAGUGUGAUCGAAUCAAAGUAUUCGAAAUCGAAAUUGAUUACACGCUUCAAUGGCAUCGACGUUUUACGUGCCAGAAAUUCUAAAUCGCAUUCCGAUGGUGUAAACAAAAAUCACGAUCGAGAGCGCGCGCGCGCAAGCACCCGCACUCACCCGCACUCACCAGCACCCCCACUCAAUCACCAGCAUCGGACCGCCAAUUUUUUUUUAGUGUUUUCGAGGCAAUUUCUGUGACUGAUGACGAAUUCAAUAGACGAACAUUUUAUGUGCACCAUAUGACACACACUAGCCGUCAUUGUCGGCCCGACCGAAUCAUAAUUAUAAUGAUUAUAAUCAUCGUCGUCGUCGUUAUUAUUAUUGUCAAAUUCUUGGCACACAUUUUCAGCAUGUGUUCGGCUUUUCUCUCGCUCUAUCUUGCUCUCUUUCCCACUAUCUCUCUCUCUAUUCAUCAAACGAACGUAGAAUGGACACGGCGAAUCACGUUCGUAAUUUUCGAUUGAACCGAGAAUUUUUUCAGCGCUAUUACGUUGUAUCGAAAAAACGAAUUUGAAUCAAAAAUAAAUUAAUCCAUUUAAAAAUUGGUCGGUAGAGGAAAGAAUAACAAAAAAAAAUUGAAUAAUCGAGAAUGUACUUUAGUUUAAAUAUUUCAAAAUUCGUCAUCAACCCAUAAUAUAAACACAAUCAAAACAAAUAUCCGAUCGCUUGAAAUCAUUGUUUUGAACAGUUGGAAAUUUUGUUUUGAUCCUCAUUUUAAACAGGCUGUGACGUGAAUUCUAAUGCAAACACAGAGUAUGGAAUUCUCAUUAUUGGUGCCAUUUAAGUGUUUUCUAUUUGUUUCUUUUUUUUUCAUUUUUUUUACUCUCUGCCUCGAGAACUUUCAUCGUCAUUGAUUUUGGCUUAUUCUUUAGUUGAAUCCAUAAUUUUAGUUUUGCUUGUAAGUAGAGAAGCCGAGUGUUUAUUUCAAAGAAAUUUUUUUCCGACUGGACCUUUAGUUUGGCUUAAAACAAUUUUUUUGGCUAAACAUUUUGUUUGGCUGUCAUUUUUUAAUUUGUGUUUUUCUCAAACGUUUCCCAAAAUCAGUAUCGAAAAAAUCGGUUGAAAAAUCUUCUAAAAUAAAAUCGCUUCAAUUUUUCCGAAAAAAAAUCCUCAUCGAAAUUUCUCCUUAUUGAUUUCCAUCUUCAUAUGUACAUAUAUCAGAACAAAUGAGGUUCUUCAGUUUGUAAAUAUUUUCUUAUUUGUAUUGAAACCAAAUCGCGAUUUCUAUUCAUAUUACAUAAUCAUUCAAAACGUUUUUGUUUCUCUUGUGUCGUAUAAACUCCAACGAAAAAAAAGAAGAUUGUUUCUCGCUCCACGUUCAAGUGUCUGCAAGCACCGCUGCAAAUACAUAUAUAUUAUCGAAAGCAAAAUCAACACAGACCCGUGCAAUUCUAGGUCACUGUGCCAGGCCGCAUAAUAAAUCUAUCUCUCGUUCUCUCGUAGAAUGCGGCAAAAUAAUUGAAUCAGUUUAUUUUAUCGUAUUUAACGGCGAAACCAAAACGUAGAUCAAAUCAGUGUGUUGUGGCCUGUAUUCACGGGAGCAAUCGUUUAUAAGCUCAAUAAAGAAAUCGCAAAAAAGGUGUUUCGCUCGAAUAAAUUAAACAAAAUUACACGUGUUCGUGUUCGUGGAAAAUAUGUUGUUAUAAAAUUCGAUGCGCAGUUUCAUUAUGUCCACACGAGAAUCGAUUCAGCUUUUCCGGAUUCUCUGCCAAAGAGUCUCUUUCUCGCACAUUUCGUCUAUAUUCCAUUAAGAAUCUUAAUUUAACACUCUUUUUUGCAUAUCAAUUACGCUUUAGAUAUAGCAUAUCAAUUUAGUUUCUGCUUUUACUUCACGCAAACCGUAUCUCAUGCUACUACUGACUUACUGCUACCGCUUCUGUGGUUGCUUCUGCUUCUGCUGCAUUGUUGUUGUUGCUAAUUUGUUUUUGUUCGUUCGCCAUUUAUAAUGAUUUUUAUGUGUGUCUGGGUCAUAUUUUUACAUGUUUUUAUCAUAUUUUUCUCGCUAUAAAUUCUGAAUCAAACAAAUAAGUGGCGAAUGCGAUUUUAAAUUGGCUACAAAACACACCAUUGCAAUAAAAAAAUAAAUCGAAGCCACAAAUAUUAUCGAUAUUUUGUAGGUAAUUGGGUGUGGAGCUGCAUGUUUUUCAUUUGUUCUACUGUAGUUUUUUUACACUCGUCGGCUUUUUUCGUUCUUUCUACAGCUCUAUGGUGCUCAAUGGCUUUUUUCAUCAUUAUAAGUCUUUUUUCCAUUUCUCUCCCCGUCUUUUUCCUUUUUUCUCCCUAUCUCUUCUACUCUUUUUCACUCUCCCUCUCCCUUUUCUCUCUUCUCUCUUCCUUCUCCUCCUCUAUUUCUACCGUUCUUCCUCUCUGCUUCCUCUUGUCGUUCAAAAUUAAGCAAUUACACCGAAAAUGUGUGUGAUUGUAACAAGUGACAGCAGAAAACCCGUCCAAAUAUUUGUUAAAUGUUUGAGAUCAUUGAAACAACCACACAAGCAAUUCUUUUAUCUCUUUUCCUUCAAAAUUGGCUUUAAUUUGCUUUUUUUGGCUCAUCAGAAACCGUCGUGUGUAAUCAUCAAUAUUGGACUCGACUUCAUUAAAUUCCACUUGACUCAUUUUCAUAAAUAUGCCUAAUAAAAUCGUUUAUGAGCUUUGUGAAUUCGUUUUGUCGACAAAGAAAACGACACUCCCACUCACACACACAAAAAUAUUUGCAUGAAUGAUCGCAUUUAAGGUGAUAAAAUGACAGCGAUAAGAUACAAUCAUGAUUUGAUGUGUGUAGCACGCAAACGAUACGUAAAACCAUCAUUUACGUGCAAAUCAUUAUAAUCAUCAUCUUCUCUGGCUGUGAUUUGAAAAGCACUUAAAAAAACGAACAAUCACAGAUAAUGCGUUUCUUGAAUUCAUCACGUUUUGUUUGAUUUCCGAUUUUAUCAGAGCGAAAAAUAAACGCACAACGAAUAAAUGCCAAAAGCAGCGCAGAAAAUUGAAAUUUUAAUUGAAUCAUAUGCCUAACUCAAAACUUAUAUUCACUUCAAAAUAAAAUAAAAAACACACCGUAAUUUAGUCAUUUGCAUUUUAGCGAGCACAUUCGCGGGCAGCGCAAUCGAUUUUAUUGCUUGAUAUCGACACGUUGAAUUGUGAAAAUGGUAAUUGGAUUUCGAGCGGAGCCGUGUAAUUUUUCAUUCAAAUUUCUUUUUUUUUCGAGCCUUUUGAAAUUCCAUUUGUACUGAUUCCGAUUUUGAUUAGACUGAGAAGAAAAUUAUACGAAACUACUUUGAGGGUAGCCAUAAUGGAAUCGUUGAGAAAUUUCGUUUGAGGAAUUCGACAGAUAUUCCAAGGUUGCAGUGAUUAGGCGAUAGUAUGAUACAGCGAAGUUAUACGAAUUGAGUUGUACACAACACACUCACCAGUCAGAAUGCCAUACUGUGGUUGCACUGGCUGAAAUAUUGACAUUCUUUUGUUAUUUCGAGGGUGGAUCGAUUGAACAGCUUUAUUGACGACAAAGACAGCUAGUAUGUGAUCCUUAGCUUAUGCAUGGACAAACAAUGUUCGUCGAACAUUCUUUGUUCUGAAGCCUGUCGGAUCGAAAGUUGUUUCUCCAGGGAUUCCCUCGGUUGUAAAUCGAGAUCAAUCUUAUAUAUUUGGGAAGAGUAUACAAUUGGUGUUUGGCGAUUAGCAUUCCAAAAAAAUGAGAUUUGCAUUGAGACAACCCAGGAAAGACUAAAAAAAAACUCUUCAGAAAAAAUGUUCUUCUGGACAUAAGUUAACGUUCCCACACUGCUGUUAUGUCUACAAUUCCGUUCAAUCGACCUACUCUAGUUUUUGAACACUGUGAAGUCCAAUCUAUCGCAAUUUUUUUUCCGCUCUGAUCAAUUCCUAAACUCGUGAUGAAAAUCAAUUUUCUUUCUCGUAAAAUGGAUUGAAACAACAUUUUUUAAACCAUUUUCUCAAAUAAUCUUAUAUUCUACGAUCAAAAAUUCAAAUGGAUAUUCAAAUUGCUCCAACUGAUUCACUCAACUUUAGUUUUAUUUCACUGCAUUUUGUAACGUUGUUCAAUGUACGUUGUUUCAAUUUAAAAAAAAACUACAUAAAUUUUAAUGGAAGAACCGAUAAGCAAUUCGAUCGCUGCCAAUAAAACAGCCAAACAUGAUUUAUUGCACUUGAAGUAUCGAUAAUUUGGUCAAAGUGUCACUGCUGAGUCAGAUCGCUGAUUGAUUGGGUCAUAUUGAACCAAAUACAUGUAUCACUUCCAACAGCCCGUACAAUUGACGAGAAGGCAAACAAAAAAAAAACUUCGAUUAAAAACCCAAAGGUUUCUGUGAUAGAGACGCUGUGAGCAAUUAAGCGCGAAACGAAGAAAAAAAAAGAAGCUCAACAACAACAACCCAAUCACAAUGGCAAUGAAAGAGCUACUAUAUCGAAUGCAACCGAUGCAAAUCUACAUCGUGCUUGCGCUGUCAAUUGUCUAUUUUCUUAUGCAAUUAUUUCUGAGUCACAUAACUCAUUCGCUCACACUGCUGGUCGCUUCGUAUCAUAUGUUGUGCAACAUAGUUGCGCUCAGCGGAUGCAUAGUAACAAUAAAGCAACGACACGAGCCUUCGUUACGUAACACAUUCGGCUGGAUGCGCGUUGAAAUCCUCACAAUGCUGAUAGCUGGCAUAUUUUUGGGUGCAUUUUGUUUUUCAUUAGUGGUAGAAGCGGUACAAACGCUCAUCCACAUUGAUCAUCAGGAUGCGAUGCAUCGACCGGUGGCCAUACUUCGACUUGGCGUCGGCGGUCUCAUACUGAAUCUAUUUUGCUACUUGUUGAUCGGCGGCUAUACGUAUCAUCAGGGCAGUUUUAUGCAUAUUACAUCAACGGGCGAUGUGGUGCUCGAUCAAAUGGGCAACGAUGAGGGUGGACUGCACCGCAGUGAACAAUACUCGUCGAAAACAAAACACAGUGGUAACGGCCAAAGUAACGGUGUCAUACAAUGUACCGGAUCAUCCAUUCAAAUUGAUGUGCCAUCAUCAGCUUCCGUUCAGUCGAUCCCAACCACUCAAUUCACAUUGCAUAGACAUUCGUUCCGUGAACUCAUGCGUGAUAUCAGCAGCACAUUGUUCGUGAUAAUUUGUUCAAUUAUCGUGUAUUUUGCGGACAAUGAAAGCGUUACCAAGUAUGUUGAUCCAUCUAUCUCAAUUGUCUCGGGCAUCACGUUACUGAUGCUUAGCUACCCAUACAUGAAGGAAUCGUGUUUAAUAUUGCUGCAAACAAUUCCGGACUCCAUUGACAUUGAAGUGUUCAAAGCCGAUCUAUUGAAACGUUUCGAUGACAUCGUCAACGUUCAUGAUCUACACAUUUGGCAACUUACAUUCAGCAAAUAUGUGUCCACCGUGCACAUUUUAUUUCAUAAUCCACACGUUUAUGUGAAAAUCAAAGAUGAUGUGGAGAGUUUCUUCCAUGCCCAGGGCAUAACAAUAGUGACGAUCCAGCCAGAGUUCAGCACAAAAUCGGCGGACAAUGAGAAGGACAGUGGAUCGUUGAAGCAAUGUUUGAUUGGUUGUCAGAGUAUUGAAUGUGCGCCAAAGACGUGUUGUUCAACGAAUGAUCUCGAUGCAAUCCUAGUGGGUGAUGAAAAGAAGAAGAAGAAAAAGUCGAAAAAGUCGAAAUAUGAUCGAAAAUCUAGUUCGAUGGUUAGCCUGAAUGUGAACUCGUUGGCAAAAUUGCGAAAACUGACUGGAUCCACGCAGGAAAUAAUCAAAAAGAGUGUCAGUGAAUCGCAUGUGACCCAAAUUUGCGAUGACAGUAUGGAUUCACAGAAUACAUCAACAAAUCCAUCGACCGCACCAUCGAUGGCCAAUAAUUUAAAUGCAAUUGACGAACUCAAAGAGAAGGAAUUUCAUGAGCAAUGCGAUGAGCGCAGCGAACAACGGCUACCACCAACUGAACCACAAUCACAACCACCAAAGAUCGAAUCAAAUGCCGAACACGAAGAUUCAAGUCUACUCUCACGUAAAACGGCAACGGAGGCGACACCAUCAACAACUCAAGACCAGUCAUAAAAUUAAAAACAUCACAUUUUCACUCUCGUCCAGUAUUUCUUUCUUUUUUGUCCGUCUUUUGUCCAAGUGCCACAUGUAUCAAUUUCAUUGAUACGUGCCCCGAUUUCACUCUAUUUCUUCUUCUUUUCUUUCUAUUCGGUUUAAACACCACAUUCAUAUGAAAAUACUAAGACUGACCCUGAUUCUCUUUGAUUGAACAUAGAAAAAAAAACACCGUCACAUCAAUUGAGAACCAAUGAAAUAGUUGAACUGUUAUUAUUCUACACAAGGUUUUUGUUUUUUGCUUAUGAAAAGUAGUCAUUUGGAUGUGAAUUAAGAAAUGAGGUUGUGUGUUUAGGCUUAUGAAAAUAGAUUAUAUGAACCAACAAGAAAGUAGACAUUUUGUAGUUGAAUCGAAGCGAAGCAGCAGAAGAAUAAAAAAGAACAACACAAGAAUUCUCUUUGAUGCACACUAUGUGUGAAAAGUGAAUAAGCCAUAUCAAUAUGCCAAAAUUUUGUAUUAUUUGUUAAGUGACGAUGCGAAUGAGAUGAAAAAAAAGAUUCUAUAGUGUGUAUAGUGUUUUUUUUUCUUUGCUAGUUAAGGAAAAUUCGUUUUAUAAAUUUAUAUGAAACAUUUAUCUUCUCUUUAGUUUUUUUUUUGUGAAUAAACGACGACCAAUGUGUACUUUUACACUGAACCAAACAAAAAUACAAUAAAUUCGAAUAUGUAAGACAA